CUCGACUCGUCUGAGCUCUUUCCUUUUCUCCUUGCCAUCAAACCCAACAUGACUCGCAACGCCCUCUUGUCCGAGGUGCGCCAGCUGAUCCCGCCCCUGUCAUCCGAGCUCCACAAGGGCCAGGCAGGGCGAGUCGGCAUCGUCGGCGGGUCCGCCGACUACACCGGCGCGCCCUACUUUGCCGCCAUGUCGUCGAUGCGCCUGGGCGCCGACAUGUCGCACAACAUCUGCGAGCCCUCGGCGGGCGACGUCAUCAAGACCUACAGCCCCGAUCUGAUCGUGCAUCGGAUCCUGGGCACUGAUCGUUCCCUGGGAGACAUCCGCAAGGACAUCGAGGGUAUCGUCGACCGCCUGCAUGCCCUCGCCGUCGGUCCGGGCCUAGGUCGCGACGAACACAUGCAGGCGUGCGCAAAAGUCGCCAUGCAGGCCGCCAUCGAUAAGCAAAUCUACCUUAUCGUCGACGCAGAUGGGCUUUGGCUGCUGCAGAACGAGCCUGACGUCGUCAAGGGGUACAAGCGCUGCGUCCUGACACCAAAUGUCGUCGAAUUUGGCAGGCUGUGCCAAAAGCUGGGAAUCGAGCUCAAGGGCUCGGAAAGUGACGAGAAGCAGGACGAAGCGCUGAAGCUUCUUGCUCAGCGGUUAUCUGGCCCCACGAUCCUCCUAAAGGGCAAGAUCGAUCGCAUCACCGAUGGACGCUCCAUUCUCUACGUCUCGGAGCCAGGCGGACUCAAGCGCUGCGGGGGCCAAGGCGACAUUCUCACCGGAAGCCUCUCGACUUUCCUGGCGUGGGCCUCGGUCUAUCAGAGCGGUGUGGGCAGUGACACCAAGGCCGGGAAAAGAAUCGACGAGGAGAGACUGCCCAUGUUGGCGGCGUAUGGCGCAAGCACGAUCAUGCGCACCGUGUCAAACAUCGGCUUCAAGACGCACAAGCGCGCCCUUCUUGCCCACGACCUACUCGACCAAGUUGGGGUCGCAUACGAAAAACAUUUUGGCGAGGGGAGUGACACACAUGCGGCUCUGUGAGGCAGCACUUUUGUGUGAAGAGCCCUUCCAUCAGCAUGUCUGUCAAAGACGGCGACUACAGGCCACGGUACUGAGAUGGCACUGCUACGUGACUCAUCAACACGCUGCCGUGCCAAGGCAGAGCCUUCCGAAGACUUCCGUAUUGCACCUGUAGAGUAACGGAGGUGACGGAAUACAGAAAGAAGCGGCCCAGACUCUCAUGGCGCCGCAAGUGUGCGAUGCUUCUUGGCUUGCUCGCACCGCUCCCAAUCAUAC